CGUGGUCAAACUAGUUAAUUAAACAGUUGAUUAAGAUCCCGUGCUCUCAUCUCGCAAUCGAAUGGUCAGUUGAACUUUUAACUUUCUAGAAAUUUGUCACAAGAUGAUUGAUUUGUCGACCUUCGGAUGCAUGAUAAGAACACGAGACCACGUUUAACCCCUUAAAAUAAUAUAUAUAAAUAAACUCCAAAAAAAGAGGAGUUGUUCAGAAAGAGAAUUUGCCUCUCAAUAGUCUCCUCAGUCCGAUUGCCUCUCAAUACGAGCAGCUAUGGGAAUAAUCAUUCUUUUCCUACUUUGGAGUUCCUACUUUGGAGCACAGAUCUUAGCUGUUAAAAUAUGCCAGAGAGAUACCCCAGCUGGAUAUUCAUGCACAAAGGCAUCUCAAAAUCUUACAGACCAAAUGGAUUUCCCAGAAAACGCAUGCCACCUUGAAAAUUGCAAUGAAUGUCUUCUAGGGCUAAAAACGUUUAUCUGGUCAGAGGAUCAACUUUUCGUCCAGACAAUAUUCCACGAAAAGCCAUCUUCACGUGCUGGGAAUGUUUCAUACUUCCAAUGCCAUGACAGUUCCAACAAGCGCUCCGACACAUCAAUACCAUGUGAUUGUGCCCAAAACUACACGGGAACCCAGGAAUUUUGCCAGUUGAAAACAUGUGCUUUAAAUUCAACUUGUGAAUGCAACGUUCAGCACUUGCAAUAUGAUUUGCAACAUUCCUCGGAUUCCCUUUUCCUUACAAACCCAACCCUGAUAUCCGUUCCUAUAUGUCUACAUAGAAUACCAGCGCGCCAUCACCGACGUCAGUUAUUAGAGUAUGAAGCCGCGUCAUUCACGCAAAAUAACAUUACUUUACUUUUCAAUGACCCCAUAGUAACAGUUCCAGAAGAUGGUAAAUUAAUUGCAAAAGCUGCAGGCAAUGAAAUUGUUUUAAAUAUCUACAAUGAUCACAAUGUUAUACUACCAGUGGAGUUGGUAGCCUUUAAGACAAAACUCACGCUAAUUUUCAUUACUACAUCUGGUAAAGCAAUCCAUGGUGAGGUAUUGCUAGAGGGCAAAGAAAUAUGCCGAGCAUCACAGUGUUUUUUUUGUUGGACCUUUUUCCAACAAAUCCAAUGUUGGCCAUCAUAUAUAGCGUAUGGCAUAUAUUCUAUUCUUGUUUUAUUUACCCUAGUGCUCUUAAUUUUUCUAAAAUUAGCAUGUAAAGGACGCUUUUUCAUGCUGGGUGGAGCAGUCAUUGGAACAGGGAUAAGAAGACAAUUUAAUGACUUCCAUAAUUACCUCGAACUUCAAAAUAUACUAUUGCCAACACAGGCAUCGUUACUUGUGUUACUAUGCAUUUUUCCAAUGAUAUUAGCUGACUGUUCACUCAUCACAUCUGAUAUACAAAAUUGUCACACACGUGAAGGCGUGAGAAAAUGCGAUAUGUUCACUACCGCCGAAAUCACCCUCAAAGGAUUUGAUUAUGAGGCCUGCCUUUGGUUCCAGGACUCGAGAAAGAGUAAUCUACUGCAGCUUAAGUUACGCUUAGUUUCAUCACAAUGCAGCUUUUCUACAAAGCGUAAACACUUCACGUUUCCUGUCCAAGAACGUACCAUCUCACAGUUAGCAUGUCCUCAAAAUUAUCAAUGUGCAUGGGGAGAGCAUUGCGUUGCCGGAAAAGAAUUUGAAGGGCUCCCCGACGAAAGCCUCACCUACCCAGGUUUUAAUGCUUGUCAUCCGUCAAGUGUAGGGAGUGGAUGCAUAAUUCUAUCCAGAAUGGGUUGCCUGUUUUAUAGAUUGUUCUUUGUUCCGGAUCUGUUGAAUUCUUAUAAGGUCCGCAAAAUCAUUGGACACCAUUGCACCUAUACUAUAGCGGUGGAACGAGCCAGGAAUAUGUCCACGGAACUCCUCACACUACAGCCAACCGCCGUCACUUCUGAUGGCAUAUUUCUAGAAAUCUUAGGUUCUUACAAUCAGCCUCCGCUCCAUCUAUCAGAUUCCCUAGUGCUUCGAGUAGGUGAUCCUUCCGAUGCAUAUCUUAUACAGUCCAGUCCUCAAAACCAUCCAACCGCAGAUAUGGUUGGGCAAGUACAAGCUAACACGAGAUACACAAAAGAUUUUAUUUUUGACAAGGACAUAGUUACCUGUAAUUUUUUUGAAAGCACGCUACGUUGUGAAAAACGACCAGAUGGAUUGCAAACCAUGAUUUCAACAAAAGAGAAUUCUCUUCCUCUUACACGAGAUAUGCACCUGCUAGCGGUUGAAAAAGGUGUACUGAAGUCGAACUUACUUUCUUCGGCACCAGUAAGAGUGCAACUUCAUUUUAAAAACUAUAAAAUAUCACUAGAACACAAUGAAAUAUGUCCGAAAAUAACCUCUAAAGAUAUUAAAUCAAAAGGUUGUUACAGCUGCCAAAUUCUAAGUAAAAUGUACAUAACAGCUCUUUCCAAUUGCCAAGCAGGUACAGUACCUGUAGAAUUUCAAGUUCUACAGUUACAUACACAAAGCCUGUAUUUAGAAACUGAACCUAGGGAAUUUAAUAUUCAAUUCUAAGCGGAGAAAAGUGCUAUGAUGAAAAGAUAUGUUUGGUUUCAAGUAAUAUGAAACAUUGUCAACUAAUAUCUUUCUGUUUAAAUGAGCCAAGCCUUAAUUUAAUUCAAUUAAAUACUUCUUAUACAAAAUCUUACGUACAAAGCGAUUCCUCCGGUACAGAUUUUUUUUCAGUUUCUUACAAUGCCUACAUUUACUGGUAUUUUUUAUUCCUUAAAAUUUAUAGGGGCUGUCCUUCUAA